AAAAAGACUAAAAAUUGUUUCAAUUUUUUAGCAUUUAUUUUAACUCCAACUGAUUUUCAAAAUGAAGUCUAAUGACAAAUGCCCUCGUGAGCGUAUGUUAAGCGAAUUCCAGGAUGAAUACCGAAGGAUUCCAUUUAUUCCACCGCCACCUACUCGUUUAAAUACAUUAAAACGUUUUAUGUGGGACAUACUAUUGGAUGAGUAUAUGAUAUCAUGCGCAGAGGCUGUUGCUCCUAUUCUAGUAAAAGAUGAGUCUGAGUACUAUGAUCGUUUUUGCAGUCAUAUUACUUUUCCGUUUGAGGAAGCUCAGCGAGCUUAUCUCAAAAGAAAAUAUCCUUUGUAUAGCACUCGUGCAAUUACUUGUUACAACAAAAGUGGUGAUCCUAGGCAGGAGUUUAAGAGGCGUUCCACAGUUACAGUACCUGUUCAACUGCAAAAUGAACAAUUUGGUUGAUAACUGGUUGAUAAACUUUUAUAUUUUGUAGCAAAAACGAAAUUUCCAAAAAAAGAA